AUGUUGGGUUCCUCUACUACAGCAUGCCAAGGGACAGGAGGACCUCAGCCUGCAGACCAGCCCUUUGCCCACAGAAGACCAAGGUGGCCCAUUCUCUUCUUCAUUCUUCUUUUCUUCACCACUGCUGCCAGCAAGGAAGAUCAAAGCUUUUUAAAUACAGUUUCUGCUAUUGGUUGGCCAACUGGCAAUGUCACGACCAUCUCUACUGAGAAACCCACAAAUCUCGGACAUGCCCAGUGGGGCCAACCCAAAACAGACUUGCCUUUUAGCAGGUUAUUUAAUCAAACUGGUGUAAGCCAGAGAAAUGCCAGCCAGUCUCAUAUCUCCCCUCCUCAACAUCUUGAUGCUCUCAGUGAUGACAGAAAGAGCAUCAGAAGAUCUUACUCAACAUUAGCCAGCGUUCAUUCCAUGGGUACAAGUCUUCAGGAUAUGGUUUCUUCUACUGGAACAGAAUCUCUUGGCACCAUUGAGGGAAGAUCAAGGUUUCUCCCAUCAAGUAUUGAAGGAAUAGCUCAAAGCUCUGAUGCUUCCAAGUUUUUCAUAUCUCAUAGCCAUAACUUAUCAGGUCCCACUUCUAUUCCAUCUCAUGUGCCCAACUCAAGAAAGACCUCCUUUGACCAGACAGCCAAGUAUAAUGAAGAAUAUGAUACUGCUGGAUUGGUUGCUACCCCAACAGAUGUCAUCAUUCCUGUAACUCAUCCUUUCUCCUCCCUUUGGGUCUCUGCUAGAUACCCCGUUGAAACCACCGCUCAUGUUGCUAUGCCUACAUCUGCUACCUCGACAAAAUAUCAGUCAGAAGAGACCAGUGGGGUUCCCACUCAACAGCAGAUGGAACCUCUGAGCCUCAGUUUGUCUUCACGUGGACGUAUUUCCAGAAGGGUUGAGCUCCAUGAGGUUUUCCCUCCAUCCGUUGCAAUUGCUAGAUCCCAUCUUGAUCAAGAGAAUUCCACAGCAAUCCAUCCUUCGGAAGAAAGGGUCACAGCCUCACCGACUAUCCGUAGCUUAGUUACAGGAGUGAGUUCUUCAGCCCAACAAUCGACAUCGGAUUCCAUCUGGCAGGGAUCUCAACAGCUUGAAGUCAGUUUCAUGAUGCCAUUGACAAAUUCCAGUCCAGCAGGCUCAUCUCCAUUGGAGUUUUCUCUUGAUGUGGCUAAUAAUGAGAGCGAUCAGAUGGUGCCAGGCCCUACUGAUACUAUUCCUUCGUCUGUAGCCACGACACCAAGGCACAAAGUUUCACUUGGAGUGGCACAGCUUCCUUUUGCAACUGCAACUGUUGGCCUUCUGAAGGAAGCCAAUCCACAGAGUUCUGUGUUGAAAGAACACAGCGAAAGCUUUCCAACAACUUCAUCUUUUGGAACUUCAAAAGAAGAUGAAGUCUCCUUGACUUCUCAUAACAGGCUAAAUAGCUCCCUUGUGGAAGUAAUCAAACUGGAACCAAAGGGCAACGCUUCUUCCAUAGUUGAAGGUUACAUUGAUCCUACAGUGAGUACCCUCUCAAAAGGUGAAACUGAUACAACCAGUAUCAGUGUCCAUUUCUUGAACCAUCAGACUUCUUCACCAUUUAGCACGCUGCUUUCUGGAAAUGCUAAAACCAGACUCCGAGUUUCCUUUCAGACCGAUCUGUUGGAAACUACAGCCCACACUACUGAUUAUGGGAAGCUAUUAGAUACCCAAUACUAUGGAAGAAAGAGACAGAUCACAGCAAGUGUGGAAGCGAUACCUACUUCAAAUUCUCCUCUGACUGCUAUGGAAACUGAUUCAGUCAGAAAACUGACCAGUGUUCAGCCUGAGACAAUUGCAGAUUCCUUGGUGAUGAAGGUAUUUAGUCUUGGUACCACAAAAAAUGAUUCUGUUCCAUCAUUCCCACAUUUAGAUACAGGAGAUGUUCUACAUCCAAUUGGAGCAACCUCAACUAGACUGACCUACACUGAUCUUCCAGAAGGACAUACCACUAGUGCUCCAUUGGAGUCUUUUGGUAGGCCUUCUGUUGAACAGAAGCUUCCCAGUCCAUCAGAAUCUCAUCCCACAGUUUCUCUUCCAGGUUUGAUAGAAUUGGAUAGAUCUUUAGUCACACCAUCUCACCACUCUUCAUCAUCUAGCGUUACCUUCAUUCCCUUCCCUAGAAUCAGUGUUCCUGAGUCAACUUCGAAAACAUUUAUUAACAUUACGGAGGGCCACCUGGUUAGAAAAGGGCAGGUGAUACCUACAGGUACAAAGUCAUUCAGUGCCACACCCCUUUCUCUAGAGUCAAGGAAUACAGUGGAUGGAAUAGCAUUGUCCUUACCUACAAAAGUUCCCAGAGUUGGCUUAAGUACCUCUUCUGUGAUGGUCACCCUGGAGAACGCAUUGGGACACCAGGUCACAGGUACUUCCACUGCAAAUAAUAUACAAACGAUCGGCAGAACAACUUUGUCCAUUCGUAGCUCAAGAUUCUCCACAUCCAGUAAUUCUAAUGUUCCUGCAUAUCCAUCAUCUUCCCUGCAGACCAAAUCCAACCAGGCAACUCCUAUGUUUUCUGCUUCAACUACGCUGUGGACCAUUCAAAGAACUCUUCCAGUUGAGUCAAAAUCCACUUGUAGGAACAUCUCUUGCCCAGCGAGUAUCUUCACACCACUUCAGAAUAUAUCAUCUCAAAGCAUGACUUCCCAACCAUUCUUGACUAGAAAGUUUUUGAGCGCUAUCUUAGGUACAAUGGAACCCGAGAAGAACGUGACCCUUGCUGAUGCCAAGGUGUCCAGGUCCGAAGAGGUAGGGACGACAACAUUAUCCAGAACAAAAAUUGUGACUGGAGUCCAACACGAUCAUUCUUCACAGCAGCCCAGGUCCAAAUUCAACACCUCGCCGUUGAACCAGUCAGUGAAGGAGAAUUUGACCCCGAGUAAAUUCGCUUCAACUGUUCCAGCAAUGCGUGUUCUAUCUUUGUGGUUUCGUCUCAUCAAAAUAAAUUACACACGCUCCCUGAUGAACAAGUCUUCUGAAAGUUAUAAGAAACUGGAAAAAGAAAUUAAGUUAACAUUAAAGAAGAUAUUGUCUACCUAUCAGAACUUUCUGCACGCAAGGGUUCUUCGUUUCUUGAAUGGAUCUGUCAUAGUGGAGAGCCAGGUGGUCUUCCAGGGAAUGGGCCUUUUUCCCACCCCAUCUGACAUCAUACGGACAAUUGUGACGGGGGUUGAGAGUCUAAGAAUUGAUGCCUUUUUUGACUGGAGGAUAGAUGUGAGAUCUUUGCAUUCAAAUGGAUUCAGCUUGAAAAAUCUAGAACCUGAGAAGUUGGCUGUAUUUUUCAGUCUCCUGGAAAUGGGGUCCAUAUCAACCUUUGAUGACAAGAACUUUGUCCAAGAACACUUGGAAAGUCUGAAGAUCAAGAUGAAACUGUUGCUUGGAACCCGAUAUGCAGUUCAUUUGAUCUCGCUUGUUGAUAAACGAAAUACCCAAGGUGGUGUUGAUAUAAAUGGAAAUAUCUUCAUCAAGAGCGAUAGUCACGUGGACGUUCACUGGAUUCUCAAGGCACUGAUUGGGCUUUCAAAUGUCUCCGUGGACCUCAUCUCACUCUCCAUCAAUGGUUCCAAGCUGAGUCUUCAAGUCUUUCCAGUUUCCUUCCUGAUAACCAACAGAAUAUUCAAUGAGAAGAUGUUGGAGCGUUCUUCUGUAGAACGUCAGAACAUCGCCAAAGAUCUCUCUGAUACGCUGACACGAAUACUUGGCAAAUACAAAAAUCUUCUCCAAGUGGCAAUCCGUAGGAUCACAGGUGGCUCUCUCGUUUGUUAUGGAGAUGUGAUAUUCCAGCAACCGGCGCCAAGCAACAAGGAUGUUCUCCAGACUCUGGCAUUUUCAGUCAAUCCAAAAGAUUACCUAGAUUCCUCAAGUUUUCAAGUGGAUCGGUUCUCCUUUACUGUGGCAGGUGCUGGGCUGGAGCCUUCCUUGAAAAAAUCAGGUGUCCCAGUCUAUGCUAUAGUCCUCAUCGUUAUAUUUCUUCUUGCUGUAAUUGCUGUCCCUACUUUCCUUUGGCUGCCCAAAGCACUUGCUCGCCGUGGCAAAAUUACAAUCAACAGAGAAUCUGAUGCAGGAGUGCAUAUAGAAGUAUUUGAGCUGGAUAAUCCGGGAUAUCAAGCUACUGUUGAAGAGGCAAAGAUCAAGGACUCCUGCAAUUGAAUACCAGAAUGUCUGAACCAGAACAAAAAUUUGCAAUCCUUUCCGUUUGUCAAUGCCACAGUGCGUCACUGGCCAAUUUAUUAGAUUGAAACCUGAGUUUUAUUCUGUGGAAAAGUCUCUAAAACUAGACAUGGUUUUAGAGAGGCAACUGUGUUUCUGUUUUUUGCUAGGAGCUUUUAAGGAAAGGCAGCCGGGAUACACACUUUUCUAUUGCUUCUGGAGGUAGAUGUCCACCCUCAAGAUGCUUUUCUCCCAAAGCAGCCAUCCCGGUUUCUUUUAUUAUAAUAAGUUGGAUCUUUUAAAUGAUGUCUUUCAAGUAUUCCUUGCUAUUCUUUGUGUGAAAGAGAAUGGAACGAUUCCAUUUUCCCUAUGUUUUUUUUCAGAUAGAAAAGUUUAACCUUGGGGGGGGGGGGGAGGAGGGGGAGGGGAACUGCAUUUGGUUAGGUUUUGAAUUUUUUUGGGAGAAGUAGAAAAAUAGCCUUUGGUUGAAAGGCCUGAUGGUUGACUGUCAAACAUGUACAAAACUGGAAGCUUGUGAAACUGAAGGAAUGUGGCACCGUCGUUUUUUAAAAUCUCUCUUUUUAAAAAUGUGAUAUGUUUGUAGGCUGUGCAGAAUGUGAAAAACACAAUCCAAAUGGUUGGAUUUGAAAAAUGGAUGGGAGGAUUCCAAUUGGUUCUGGACAACUGAUCCCAGGGUCCAAACUGAUGGAGAAAAGGUCUUUCCUGCACUCACACCAAAAUAACUUAGCAGAUUUUGGAGACAUGCCAUUUAACUCUCCAAGGGAAUUGAUUUGAUGCCCAGAUCGGAUUGGAUUGACUCCAGAUUAAAUCUUUGCCAGUUCCUCAUUCUAAGCUGACUUUCAGCCUUCCUCUUUUUGACUUCCUAAAAUAACCUCCCAAACUCAAAACUUGAUUUUCCAAAGCUGCUUUUUAGCACUGUCUGAACCUUAGAAAUCUUUUUAUGCCCAGUGUGCUCAUGAAGAACCCAAGACCCAAAUGGUAGAGGAACCAACAAAAGGCAAAAUGGAUAUUUUGUUUUUUUUAAUUGCAGUAUUAUGACGUCGAGAAUUGACAGCUCAUGUUUUUAAUUCUUCCUUUUCUCCCUGGCUUGACAAUUUUCCCAGCUCCGUUGCCUUAACUCUAUUCCGCUGCUAGCGAUGCGUAACUCUCCAGGGGCUGUCAAACUACAGCUCCCAUCCCCGCAGGAAGGAUGGGAGUUGUAGUCUAAACACUUCCUGAAGUUUCACCGUUGCCUAUCACAGCUGCGUCCAUUCUGCAUUUUUGGGAAAGGUGAAAUAUCCACUUUGCUGAGUUGCAGUUCGAGACAGAGGCAGUCCUGUUGAACUGCUGAGGUUUUGUUUUUGUUUUUUGUCAUUUCCCCCCUCCCCGCACAUCACUUCCUUCCUACUCUUACUUCCUUAGUCUCACCAUCUGAUGGACUUUAUUGUUUGUUUUAACAGUGAGCAAGUCAAACAUAACUGCUGAAGUCACUUCUUCCAGGCUUCUAGCCACCAAAACGUUUUGUUGUAUUAAAAUCUAGCCCUGAAUAAAU